UUAGUUUUAUCUUAAUAUAUGAAUAUUACAAGACGAAAUCAUCUUUUUGGAACUAAACUAAAAUGGAAUGGAUUAGGCAAAACCCGUUCCGACUAGUUUCACUUUCACAAGUGAUUAAUUCUUGGGAAAUCUGUUUUUUUAGAGCAAAAAAAAGGUAACUAUGUCCCUUUAGACUAAUCUGUACUACUUUAUGUCCUAUUAGACUAAUUUUUUCGAAAAUGGCAGUAAUGCCCUUAAAAUUGUAAUUUUUUGAAAAAGAUAAAUAAUGAGUUCGACAAGCGGGAUCGAUCGAUCCAGAUUUACAAGUUACAGUGGAUCGCUCGAUCCCGAUAAUUAUUCAGAACAAAAAAAAACGCGAAAUAUAUACUGAUCGACCUGGUCCAUUUCACUCGAUCGGCGAAGGUCGAUUCCUUACAGAUCGACCGAUCCACUAAGAAUAGAUCGAUCGAUCCCGUGCCCAGGAAAGAAUCCCAAAUCGAUUUUUUUGGUUUUGUAUGAUUAUAUCCGGGUUGAUUCCCACUUGAUUUGAACCGACCAAGCAUGAUUUCAACUUUUUAAGCUCGAUUUCUCUGGGACAAAACCCUUAAUUUCCCAUUCACGAACAAAGGGAGAGAAAAUCAAAUUCUCACCCAAAGUUCAUUAACCCUAACUCACUCAAUUCUCUGAUUUGGACGAUUAUUUGGCCUAACUCAUACAAUUUCGUGAGCUUUUUACGAAUCUAUCACUCUUUAGUUCGUUCUGCAAAGGUAUGAAACUCUAUCUCCACUUCUUUUUAGAGUUUGAAAUUAGAAAGGUAAAAGGUAGAUUUUUGAGUUAGUUAAGAUAUUUAGACUUCAAUCAUGUGUUAAGGUGAUGAUUAGAGAAGAUUUUGUACACAAUCAUGGUUUAAAUCAUAUUUUCGGGAUAGAUUUAGGGAUUUUAGGUUUUUGUUAUUAAUAGAUAUAUGUUGUAUUGUUUUCAAAUUUCAGGUAUGGAGUUGGAGUUGCCUAAUCGUUUAUACGGUGAGGGAUUGGAACCUCAGGUUAAGAAGAUUAAUAACAGCUGCCGACUAAAACUUCUCGAGUUGCUAAAAGAAAAAAUGGAACCAGAAUUCGAUGAAGUUAUGAAAGAUCCCAUUUUUUCACAGAUUAUGGUUAUCCAGAAGAAUGAUCUGAAGUUUUCGGCGAGGUUGGUACACUCUUUUUUGUGUAAGGAGUUGAUGACAAGCAAGAGACAUGAGAAGUGGUUCACUUUCGCUAGGAGACCUCUGCGUUUUGGAUUGCAAGAGUAUCAUGCUGUCACUGGUCUGAAAGUGAAGCGAGAGAAUAACAGUGGGCUAGUGACAUGGAAAGACGAUAAUGGUUUUUGGAGCAAGCAGAUAAAGACAAAUGGAAAAAUAAAUUUGCAGAUCAUAAAAAAGAAGCAUUUGGAAGAGAGCAAUACCUGGACUUGGGUUGAUAGGGUGAGACUGAUAUAUCUUUGCGUUAUUAUGGGUGUGGUGAUGGGAAAGGAUGAGAAGGUGAAUAUCCCGCAUCUGUACAUGAAGUUGGCGAUGGAUUUGGAGAAGCUUCGGAAUUAUCCAUGGGGUCUGUAUUCGUUUGAUUUCCUUCUGAAGCAAAUUGAUAAAACAAGGCAUAAAUUAGAGCAGAAAGAGGGGUAUCUGAUGGAAGGAUUCUUGUUUGGUUUCCAAAUUUGGAUAAUGGAAGCUGUUCCUGCUUUAGGAGAGAUUUGUGGCACAAAAGUCAGUAAAGAUUUUACAGGUCCACUGUGUGGUAAUUGGAGAGGAUGUGCAAAAUGUUCUUAUGAAGAUAUCAUUGGCGUUGAGAACUUAUUCCCAGAAAACGGAAUUUUGCAUUCAUUCAUGGAAUCCCACAUAGAUGGAGUGGUCCUUUUGGCAACUGAUUUUGUACAGAAGGAUGAGAAGAAAGAUGAAAGAGUAGAUCGUAUUUUAGAUAUGAUCAAUAGUAAACAUGAUUGGAACAAUCAUGUUUGGGGAGUAAAAGAAGGUACGAACUCUGAAUUUGAGGAAUCUGGCGAAGAGAAAGGAGAGGAUCAAACAGCUGAUACUGAGAGAGGUGAAAAUAGUCAUGUUGCAGGGAAUGUUGAUGGCACAGCUGAUGUUUCGGGAAGAAACAAGAGAAAGCAUGCAGACCGAGGAGCAGAGUCAAGGAAAAAGAAUGUUUUGUGCCACCUAGCUGCUUCAUCAAAAGGAAAUAUUGACACAGAUAUGAAAAAUUUCUUGGAGGAUCUGGUACAAGCUUCUUUUACUGCUUUUGGGGAGAAAUUCUGUCAGCAGUUCUCGGACAGGUUGGGUAAGAUUGAGACUGAGGUUACACAACUCAGGACAGCUUCAGAGAGAACUGAGCAAUUUGAGACCGUUGUAACCGACAGAUUGGGGAAAAUUGAGGCUGAGGUUACACAGCUCAGGACAAGUUUAGUGGUGACUGAAUUGGUGGGAAAGAGUGAUCAAGCAAGCGGUCCUAGCUUGACCAAAAUCAACAGUGGUCCUAGCACCAGCAAAAAAGGAACUGCUCCAACAAAGAAAAAGGCUGUAAAAAACCAAGAGUUAAAGACUGCUGAUUCGUGUGUCAAUUUACCUCGUGCAAAAGUUACUCAAUCAUCAGCUAGUGAUCUUCGUAUGGGUACACAAGAGUUUUUGGAAAGUUGCAUGAAGAACCUUCCAUUAGACACAUUUGUGAAAGGUUUGAAUCCUUCUCAAGCUAAAGUCGAAGAUUCAUUGGAUUGGUUGGAACUUCCUAAAUCAUUGAAGAAGCCAACAGAUUCAUUGGAACUUCAAAAAUCAUUGAAGAAGCCAGCGGUCCGAUUAGAUGACCGAGAUAUAGAGCUAGACGGCGAAAAUUUCCCUGAUCGCUGCUUGGUGUUUGUGCAUCCUACAGAUUUUAAGAAGAUGCAGGACUGGCAAGAUACACGAACGUAUGUUAUUCCUUUGUAUAUAUCAUUCGGUUGAUUUUAACGUAGGUUUGU